AUGAAGAUGUCUGAGAUCUUCUCUGCAAUUGCCACGCCAAUGUACUCCACCGGUUGCUCGACAGACUUGGUCGUCGCCAGCUUACUGGCAAUGCGAGCCAGGGAGCGCGUCCAGCCCCAAUACCGCCUGUGGAUCGUGGGGUUACAGAACGGCGGCGCGCUGGAUGGAGAGAACCUGUUCCUCGUGGAUAGGCGCGAAGCCUACUCGCUGCAGGUGGCGCAGCACACCGGCGACUGCAACGGUCGACGACAGCAUUACGAAAAAGGUCCAGAGAGCUGGCCUGCGCGAACUACGUGUCCCCUUGAGCCACGGCACGAAUGGGGGGUAGAUCGCCUUUUUGACUGUGGUGCAGAGACUCUAGCAGGCUGGCUUCCCCAAGUAAUCGAGUUCAUCGUCAAGCGCUGCCGCUUGCUCACCGCAUCUGGCACUUCGUGGCAGUACAAUGAUGUUCUGGGACCUUUCGUCGGCCAUCCACCGCGCAGUUCCGCAGCCGAUUCUAUCUACUUCACCAACAAGAAGGAUCAUAAGGCACCGCACUUAGAUUACACCAACUAUUAA